AUGGAAGUUAUAGUAGCAAAUGUUGAUCAUAUUAAAUUUGAUAUUGAUUAUGCUCUCGAACAGCAGUAUGGAGCGUUGCCUUUGCCAUUUCCAGGAAUGGAUAAGUCUACAGCGGCGGUUUGUGAGUUUUUUGGACAAUCUGGAGGUUGUAAUAACGGACCCCGGUGUCCUUACAGGCAUGUUCGUGGUGAUCGGACUGUGGUGUGUAAACAUUGGUUGCGAGGGCUUUGUAAAAAGGGGGAUCAGUGCGAAUUUUUACAUGAAUAUGAUAUGACUAAAAUGCCUGAAUGUUACUUUUAUGCUAGAUUUAAUGCUUGUCAUAAUAAGGAGUGUCCAUUUCUUCACAUUGACCCUGAAAGCAAAAUCAAAGACUGUCCUUGGUACGAUAGAGGUUUUUGUAGACAUGGGCCACAUUGUCGCCACCGGCAUGUUAGGCGUGUCCUUUGUACGAACUAUUUAGCUGGAUUCUGCCCUGACGGUGCAAGCUGCAAGUACAUGCAUCCGCGAUUUGAGUUGCCAGCACCUCCCGAGCAGACUAAAGACACAAAACGACUUCCAGUAUGUCAUUACUGUUCAGAAGUUGGUCACAAAGCUUCCACUUGUCAUAAACUUCCUCCUGAUCAAAGAGAAGUUGCUCAGAAACAAGAAGAAGCCAGGUACAGGGCUUUAGGUUAUUUAAAACAAGUGGGAGAAGAAGAUUCUCAACAAACUCUACACAGAAUGCAGCGAAUGAUGCAUAAGCCUCUAGAAGAAGUGACUUGCUUCAAAUGCGGGACAAAAGGACACUAUGCUAACAAGUGUCCCAAGGGACAUCUCGCUUUUCUAUCAAAUCAGCCCGGCCAAAACAAUAAUAACAUGUUCAAAAAAUCGAAUUAA